GUUAUUCCCAACUCUGCCAUGGACUUGCUCUGUGACAUUGGGAUCUCCUUUGUCUCUAGUUAAUGACAUUUACAUGAUAACAACCCCCCCCCCCAGCUUGCAGGAAUAAGAAACUGGACAAAACAUCUAUGUUCAAGAUGUUUAAGAGUGAUGUUGCUGACCAGCAGUUUAGCCUGGAAACUGCAAUUAAAAAUAUUGAUAAAAUGUCCAGUGAGUUGAAGAAACUAAAUGUGAAAAGCCAACUGCUGCUCUGUGACCUUACUUUGAACUUCAGUCAUCCUGUGAAGACCACAGUUUCAAGGGAGGUAGAAGAAAAGAAAACAGAUUUUGAGGAAUUACAUAAUUCCAUCAAGUUCCAUGCUGAUGCUUCCAUUAACAACUCUUUGAGCCAUUAA